UGAUUCAUCCGACAAAUGGGCUUUGAAAUUUUUAUCAGCCCAAUCAUUAGUCAAAUGAGCCUUUAUUGGUCAGCCUGGAAUCAUAAAAAAAGAAAAGUACUCAGAAAAAGACGUUCGAAUAUCGAAUUACAGAGACGAAAUGGUAAACGAUCAAGUCGUCGACUCGUUGCAGCCACAGACCACUUUUUUACCUGCUCUUCCUGGUGGUUUGCUGCACAAUCCUUCUCGACCUUCCGAUCAGUCUCCUCUUCCUGCAUCGCUGCUGGUUCCACGAUGACAACGGAUUUCUACACCUUUGGGCCGUAUAAGAUAGAUCCAAAGGGAGUGUUCUACUCCACCGGACUUUCCUUUGCCAUGGUCAACCUGCGUCCAGUUCAUCCUGGUCAUGUGCUUGUCUGCCCAAGGCGUGAAGUGAAGCGCUUUUCUGAUCUCACUGUGGAUGAGACAAAUGACUUAUGGCUAACAGCUCAAAAGGUUGGGAAUCGGCUUGAGGGCUUCCACAAAGCAUCAUCCGUCACAUUUACAAUCCAAGAUGGUCCGCAGUCAGGACAAACAGUACCUCAUGUUCACAUCCAUAUCCUUCCACGGAAAGGCGGGGACUUUGAGGUGAACAAUGAGAUCUACGAUGCAAUUAAUGAGAAGGAGAAGGAAUUAAAGAAGAAGCUUGACUUGGACAAGGAAAGGAAGGACAGAAGUAUGGAUGAAAUGGCUGAAGAGGCAAAUGAAUAUAGAUCCCUGUUCUUGUGAAUGUCUCUCUGUAUUUGGCUUUGUCCUCUACAUGUAGUUGUUUGUGGUCUUCUUUCUGGGCAGCUUCUAGUCCAAUUGAAUAGUGGACUUUGUCAUCUAUUUGUAAUACAAAAUUUCGUCCUAUUACUGGAAUACCUAUUGGGUUAGAUAUUAGUGGAGGUAGGGCGUUGGUUCA